GUGUGUGUACGUGCUAAAGUACUUCUGACCAAAAUAAUUUAGAGAAAGAAUCACUGAGUGAGUGAACUCUAUCCAAUCGUGAUCCAAUCCAGCCCAGUCUCGCGGCAACAGCGCCCGCGGAAAGUCGCGGCUACGCGCGUCACUUUAUUGUCGGUGUUUAGUUGUAUAAAUUACUCAAACGUCUUGAACUUUAACAAAAAACUAACACCAUGGAUCCCGAAGCGUUCUUAGACCUGGCUAACCAGGUCAUAAAACUGAAAAUGUACCCUUAUUUCGAUAUAGCACAUUCAUUACUUUGCGCUCUAGCAGUAAGAGAAGAUUUAGGUGCUGGUGCCCAAGCGUUCUCACGGAAGCACCCUCUAUCAUGUUGGCUGUCAACUAUGCUGGUGAUAUUCGCUGGCGGUAUGGUGGUCAACGGACUGCUCGGCGAGCCGAUUCUCGCGCCGCUCAAAAACACGCCGCAAUUGGUUAUUGGCACUGUUACAUGGUAUAUCGUCUUCUACACGCCAUUUGACGUCGGGUAUAAAGUAGCAAAAUUCCUACCAGUAAAGGUAGUAGCGUCAGCUAUGAAAGAAAUCUACCGUGCCAAGAAGGUCUACGAUGGUGUCAGCCACGCUGGAAAACUAUAUCCUAAUGCAUACGUUAUAAUGAUUAUUAUUGGUACACUAAAGGGUAAUGGGGCUGGCUUUACGAGAUUGGUGGAACGCCUCAUUCGUGGUGCAUGGACUCCUACAGCCAUGGAAACUAUGCAGCCAAGCUUCUACACUAAGGCGUCUCUGGUAGCGUCCAUUAUCUUCGUUCUGGACAAGAAGACUGAUAUCAUCUCUGCGCCGCACGCGCUCGUCUACUUCGGAAUUGUAAUUUUCUUCGUCUACUUUAAGUUAUCAUCGAUACUUCUGGGCAUUCACGAUCCUUUCGUGCCGUUCGAAAACCUGUUCUGUGCGCUGUUCCUGGGUGGCAUUUGGGACUCGCUCGCCAAGAUGCUCGGCAAGGGACAGCCUAAAGAGGAAACUAAAGACACCAAAAAGCUUAAUUAGAACUAUGCUACUACACCUUUGCUACGUGAUCAACUGACACCGACAAUAUUAACUGCGACUGCUUCGUAGUAAGGAUCGAAUAAAAAAUGACGAAAAAAAAUAAAAAAAAUAGUAAAAACCCUUAAAUCGUAAAAAAAUGGCA